GCAGCUACUCUUAUAUCCUCCGUCACUUUCACUGACCUGAUCUCGCCACGAUGUCCUCUGCAGUGGUGGUGCACACUACACCUCCAUUGACACCGCUUCCAGCUUCCGAUGCCACCUCGAUCCGACUCUUGGGCAUCCUGCGCCUCGGCGGACUGUCUCCAGACGUGACCACCGCCGACUGGUCUGCGAACGGCAAGCCAUUCAUCACGCUCGACAACAUCGCGAUCCAGGAGCGAUAUCUUUCCUCCAUCCCGGGCUGGUCGGACCCCGAUCAUGCGUUGAGCGCGGAGCAGUCCGCCGACAGUCUCGAAUGGAAGGCCUUCGUCGAUGGCCUCGUGACUGAUCUCGUCAACCACACAAUGUACUCUCUUCCACCGAACCACCCCUUCUUGGCCGGGGCACAGCUCGCCACCUGCCCGUUCCCUAUGAACCACUAUGUGCCGCACCGCAUCCGCAGCAUCCACCGCAACCGCCUGCGUGCUGCGGGGAUGUGGGGCCUCGGCGGCGGCGAGGAAGGAGACGACAGCGACACGCAGCGCAAGAAGCUCGCGGACAGCGUAGUGGUCGCGCCUGGCGGCACCAAGGCCGAGCGCGCAUGGUCGGGGUGGGGCUCUGGUCGCGAAGUGGCGGACCGGCAGCGCAAGUUCGGCGAGGAGGCUCUCCGUCAGCGGGCUCGCUCCGCGUUCGACCCUCUUGCGCGCAAGCUUGGGGAACACCGCUACUUCUACGGCAAACAGCCCACGUCAUUCGACAUUGCGCUCUUUGCGCAGCUGACACUCGUGCUCUCGGUCGCCUGGCCAAACCCCCUGCUCGCCAACCUUUUGCGGGACAGUUACCCGACCCUAGUCGCCCAUCAUGAUCGCGUUCUCAAAAAGCUAUUUCCCGGCGGAUGGGGAACUAUCUCGCGCCUCGCACCUGCGCCGCACCCAACGCUCGUUGAGUCCGUGCGCCUGUAUCUCCCCUCGUGGCUCGGCGGGCCGAGCGCGGAGGGAGAGAAGAAGAAGGAGGCCAAGGACCCCCGCGACAUUGACACGCAAAAGCGGCUGCAGCGUGGCCGUUACCUCUGGUUCCUCGGUGCCGGCGCCGCGUUCAUCUCGUAUAUCCUGUACAGCGGCCUCAUUGAGGUUCACUUCGGCGACGACGACGACUUCGAGGAAGAGGAAGGGAUGGACGAGUGGACGGUAAACGUUGAGGAUGACGACCCAUUCGCGUCAUUGGUGUAUGAGGACGACGACGAAUAGAAGUCACAAUGCAUCCAUCGGACAUGAUGGUCUUUCUUGGACUAU